CCCAGCAGUGCAUCCACCUGUGCCACACAGCAGUGCCACACACCUGUGCCCAGAAGUGCCACUUACCUGUGCCCACCAGUCCCGCCCACCUGUGCCCACCCACCUGUGCCCACCAGUGCCACCAACCUGUGCCCACCCACCUGUGCCCACCAGUGCCACCCACCUGCCCACCCACCUGUUCCACCCACCUGUGCCACCCACCAGUGCCCAUCAGUGCAGCCCAGCAGUGCCACCAGUCAUCAGUGCCACCUAUCAGUGCUGUCUAUCAGUACCCAUCAUCAGUGUCACCUAUCAGUGCCGCCUACCAGUGCUGUCUAUCAGUACCCAUCAUCAGUGUCACCUAUCAGU